CCUGACAUUUGAAUUAGGUGGAUUGUUUGGAAUGGAAAGAUAUAACAAGGCGAAACGACGAGACACUGUCAGUCGUGUAUUCACUUUGAUAUGUUUGUGUUUUGUGCUUCUCUUACUGCUUACUGGAAAUUCGAAGAAGAUAUAUUCCAGAUUCAGAGGGAAGAGAGACAACUUUAUCAUACCAAGAAUAAUUCACAAAAGUGUCUCUGUUCAAAAUAGAAGCGACACUUCUUCUAGCAGUUACCACGGCUCAUUGGGUUCAGAUUGGAAAUACGCUUGGUGGACAAAAGAGGACGCUAGGAAACUCUUAACAAGAAAUUUUGCCUGGCUCUUGGAUAUCUACGACGGUAUGCCAUCUGACCACCUCCGAGAGGAGCUCAACAAAUUCUUGUUUCUGUAUGCUUAUGGUGGAGUUUAUGUAGAAAAUGAACUGAUCGGUACUCACUACUUAGAUUCUAUUCUAGAAAACAAGUGUGUCAUGCUGGCAAUAUCUGAAAACUUUCAGAAUAAUGACUCAAAAGGGGAUAAUGUAUUCGCUGGUGUAUCCUUUCACCCAUUUUUCCUAUUAUGCAUCCGUAAAAUUAUUGAAAAAUACCAUCAUGGAAUAAUGACUGCAACCAAACUGCUGGAUUUGAAGACCUUGAAGGCAUUAUGUGAAGAAUGGCAGUCAGUGAAAAACCAAAUUUACAUCGAAAGCAUUGAAGAACCUGGCAUCAAUCCGUCUAAUUCAAGCCUGGUCGCCUGGGAAAUUGAUAAAAUUUCAACCUCUAAAGUCGUACCAUGUUAUGAAGUUUCACUUGUGUCAAAAAUAUCUCUUUUUCCAUAAACAAGGUUCAUCGAGGAAGCCAUCAGUUUCAUCGACUCAAAGCAACUUUCUGUCUGAUUUCUUUUCUACUUUUGAAAUUUUCAGGACAAAAAACAAAUUUUCGAUGUUCGACAUCCAAGAGUUAGGUUAAAAGCGUCACUAGACAGUAUAGUAAAGUGUUAAUGAUGAAAAAGGAUGAUCUAUCAUUUACUAAUGAAAAUAAGAUUUGCAACGUAUCACUUCGAUGAGAAAAAUGGUUUUGGCUCAUUAGUAGACAAAAUAACGGCUUGCCAUUAAAUAUAUAAUAUAGGCAUCUUUGUCAAGAGAAAAUCAGUUGUCUAAAUACGACCUUUAGACUUUUUUAAAUGGACUAUUCAACAGUUGCAGUGUGAGAUACCAAAUUUUUGGAGUAUUUGUCGAUACUUAAGCCAAAAUCCUUCGAAGAAAUGAUGGCAAUUACAAAAAGUAUUCGAUAUUAACGGCAACUUGAUCUUUCUUUCCAAGUAUGAGAAAUCUUGCUUAUGAUGACAAAUUGA